UUGUUUUUGCUCUGAUUUGAUAACCUAAAACCUUAACCCAGUGAUGGCACAAAAUUGUAUUCAUUUACACAACAGUAAUACAACUCUGCAAUACAUUACAUUAUUUUAACAAAGAUAAAUACAUACGGUAUUUAUUUAACAUUACGACAGUAGAUAACCCUAUAGACGGACGAUAGAGGACUGACAAGGCAGUGGCAGUGGUGGUGGCUGUGAACAAGAAGAAGCAGCAGCACAGCACAAAUGGUAUUAUCAGUGCUGGUAAUCACUAUAGGGUUAUUGGCUCUGGGGAGAGGCCACCCUGCAGACACACGACACACUACACAGAGAACACCUGGGUUGUCUGAGUGUGACCCUGAUACCAUUUUCUUUACGGAAUUCAAUGACUCUGGUGGUCCUGGGUGUGAAAACCUUCCAUCUUCCGAUCUCAAUAACAUAGGAAAUAACGGGGGAAACGACACAGAACCCAACUACCCUCAGCAGCCACUACCAAACCAGCAAGAACGCUAUAACCGUAACAUCCAGCCAACCGCCUCUGGCUGUAUUUGUGUCCCAUACUACUCCUGCGAUGAUCGCAAACCCACAAACGAAGACGGCGUGGAACUCAUUGAUAUCAGGUUAAAAAAUGACACCGAGUGUGACAACUACCUAGAAACAUGCUGUGAAGUACAAAACAUCCAACCACCUGAAAACCCAGUGACACCAAAGCCAAAACCAAACCCAACAGGAAGUAAUUGCGGGAAGCGAAACUUCGAGGGAAUCGGUUUCCGGAUCAUGGGUGACAACGAUAAUGAGGCUCAGUACGGGGAGUUCCCUUGGAUGGUAGCAGUGGUGCGUCCAGGAGCAACCCUGAGCAACAGUGGCAAGACUGUCAGUGUCUACCAGUGUGGUGGCUCACUGAUACAUCCUCAGGUGGUGCUCUCAGCUGCACAUUGUGUGAGAGGGAAGGACAACCUAGAGGUGGUAGCAGGCGAGUGGGAUUCCCAGACCAAGAAUGAGUUUUACCCCACACAAGAUGUGAAGGUGCGAGAAGUGAUUAUUCAUGAACAGUUCAACAAUGAAUCCCUAGUCAACGACCCAGCCCUACUGAUACUGGAGAGGCCGGUGGACAUGUCUGUUGAGAAUGUUGGUCUUAUCUGUCUCCCUGGAGCCAACGAGAAUAUGGACGGUAGAGACUGUGUUGCCAGUGGAUGGGGCAAGGAUUCAUUCGGUAAGGAAGGCAAAUAUCAGGCGAUUUUGAAACGAGUAGAUGUUCCGACUGUGCCGAGACUUCCUUGUUUGGAAGCAUUACGGACGACUCGACUGGGUCAAAGAUUUAAACUGCAUGAGAGCUUCAUCUGUGCAGGUGGACAACCUGGCAAGGAUACCUGCAAGGGUGAUGGUGGCAGUCCUCUGGUGUGUCCCAGCAGAAACAACCCCAACGUGUACGUGCAAGCUGGCAUCGUAGCUUGGGGCAUUAAAUGUGGCACUGUUACUCCAGGUGUCUAUGUUAACGUCCCUUACUUCAUUGACUGGAUUAACAACAAGCUGCGGGCUCGUAACAUCUUCCUCGACUCCUAAUAACUCACCUGCCCUAAUCUUGGAAAAUAAUUUUAAAACUAUGUCACUUGACAAAUGCCUGUCCUGAUGUCAGUCAGUCAUGCUACUACCAAACAAUCCAAACCAAACAAUGCUGUAAUUGUAUAAGAAAGACGUAAGAUGUCAUUUUUAUAAAUAAUGUAAAACGGGAAUAGGUUUCAAUAAUUUUUAAUUUUUAUUAGUUUAUUUCUUUUUACCUCUUGUGCAAAAUAAUAACUCUGUUAUGUCCAUUACAGAAAAACCACAAAAUCUACUAGGGAAAACAAUAAAGAGAAAUAGACCAAUAAUAUGCGAUGUCGACAUUUUUAAGGCCCUCGGUUCAUUCCUGGAAGUAUUUUAGAGCAUGCUUAUUUUACCUCUGCAACAAUCAAUAGUAAAGUUGUAGGGUAAAAGUUUUAAACUGCUUUUGCAAAGGAUUCUUGCUCAAGUACUGUAAAAUAGGUAAUGGAGAAUUUCUCCCAACAUGUACAUUUUCCCUUCUCCCACUCCUAGUGUAUAUUUGACAUAUUUAACAUACAUGUUAUUAAAUUCUGAUAAAUAUUUAUUAACAAUAAACCGAUAUAACAAUGUAUUGAAGGACCGGACAGAACAUAACAAAAGAGUUAUCAUCGCACAGACACCACUGGAAAAUUUGACCACAAAAUCAGUAACGUUCUUCCGAGUUACCACCCAGAUAAGAGAGAAUGCCUUUUGAUCUGUGACCCCACAAUCAAUACCAAAAGGAACGUUUUUACCACAUUUCAAGUCUCUAUAGAUACGACCUUUUUAUAAACAGUUAUCGCACAUAUGACAACACAAUUUUAAUUAGGGCCUGUCUGAUCCCUAAUAAUGGAAACAUGACUAUGUUAGGAUUGUACUUGUUUGUACUCUUAGAGACUGUUGUCACUGCUACAAAAACUAUUAAUAUACUGAUGCCAAAUACAGAGACAAAAAUAUUUUAAUAAGGCCCUGUCUGAUCUCUAACAAUGGAAACAUGGCUAUGUUAGGAUUGCAGUUGUUUAUACUCCGAGAGAUUGUUGUCACUGCUAUAAAACUAUGAAUAUACGCUUGCCAGGCGAUACCAAAUGUUGAUAUUCUAGUGUAAUAAUGAACGCAAUUAUCCUUUAUUGUAAAGAAAGUGGUUGAUUUAUUUUACUUGUUCUAUGGACUCUGAUCAUCAUAAUAUGUUGUUUUUAUCUUGUUCCAAAUUUAUUACCAUGUAAUGUUUAAUUUUUUGCUAUUGUAAUGUUUAUAGAAAGUGCUAUUCACUGUAUUUAGUUACAUUUUACAACACAAAAAUACAUGCCACACAUGCCCUUAGAAUUUUGUAAUGAUUGUUGAUAAAUAUUCGUAAACAGGCUAAGGGUGUAUCUUUAUUUCUGGCUAUGGAGCUACAUAACAAGUUUUUGAGAAUACUAUGAGUCACUGACUACAAUGUAGUUACUUUUUUGAAUCCUGAAUAUCGUGCAGUGUUUCUCCUUAGCGAUUUUUGUGCGUAUUUUAUUCUUUUCUGAUAAUUUGUAUUGAUUAGUUCUAAUUAAAAAGCAUGCACUACUACUAAUCCAUGAUUACUUUUCAAUAAGGUAUGAUAUGCUACGUUUGGAAUAGGUUUUACAAAAACAUUUCCUCAGGUCUCAGGAAAAUCAGUAUAUUAUUCCUCUCCAUCUUCUUCUCAGUACAAAGUUUCUCUCUAUAAUCUUAUUAAAUUUGGCAUCCCUAAAUACGUUUAUGAUAAAUAUGAAUUUUUACUUUCAGCUUUUUUAUCUGGUAUGUUAUGCUAUUAGCCUAUAAUGCCUAACCAAGAUUCAAGAUGUUUAUUGUCCAAAAACAUUUUGUGCUAUUUGUAAAUAUAUAUAUUACAGUGCCUCUUAAAGACAAAAUAUUUGUGUAUUAUUUAGAACUUUGUAAUUUUGAUGUAACACACAUUACAUUAUUUUAUUUAUCUUAUAAGUGUGGACCAAACAUAUUUCAUAUUUGAUAAAACGUACGUGAUUGAAUGUGGUCACUUUGGUCUUUUUUUACUUAAUGGCAGUACAGUUGAAUGUACACAUACUACUUUUAAAAAAUUGGAAGAUAUAACAUCGUACCUUAACAGGUGAGUAGGAAUUAUCAUCAGAGAUCAAAUUGACUACCUCAUUUUUAAUAGGAGAAUUAUCAGAGACAAGUCGAUUAUUUCAGAAGUUAAAUAACAAUUGGCGGGAGUGAGCCUUACCAGGGGCCAGCUUCUCUGGCAUCAAUCUUUAAAGGAUCACUAUUAUUCUAGUGUAUGACCUGCAAAUUAAAGAUCUCAUAAAGUUACAGACAGAUAUUAAUAUCUGCCCAAACAAUUUAAUAGAUACCUUUUACUGAAAACCGUUAUAAUUAAUACAAACAAUAAAUAAACAAAUAACCAUUAAAAAUAGUUCCAUCUAUAAAUAAAACCAAACAAUCCAAGCCAACAUUUUGUAUUUUUAUUUUAUACCUGGUUAAAUUUUUAGUAAUAUUGUUUUAAUGGUACAUAAUAAAAUGUAAACUGAUUAAUGAAGUGUCACAUCAUUUUAACUACAACUGAAAUUUCUGAAAUGUUUGAUGAAAUUUCUUUAAUUGUAUAAAACAACAAUACUACAAUAAUGUACUGUAUAUCACUUAUAAAGUAAAAAUAAGCGAUGAACUGCAGUAAAAACCAUCAACUUGUGACUUUUACCUCUCUUUAAAGAACGCCUACUUGCUGUAUUAAUGGCCAUCUUGUUUCUAAUCUAUAAGUACCAAAGAAAAUUGUUAAAUUUGAAAACAUUUAUAUAAGAAUUUAGGCUAAUACACAUUGUUCUUCUGAAGCUGCUUGCCAGUAGACUACAAUUGAGUCUUGAUUGUGUUUAAAUAAUAUCUCGGUAUUUUUGAUUCCCCCAAUCCACUCAAACUUAAUUUGUUUUUCUUGUUUUUUGGUGAGGUAAAUAAAACAUAAUCACAUG